UUGCCGCGCUGACGUCAGCGGCGGCGGGCGGACCGAUCGGUAGAGCUCGGCCCCUCUCUCAGUGCCUGCUGAUUCACCAAAUAGUAAUCGGCAAAUCAGCAGGCACUAGGAGGACGGGGCAGAGCGCUGCCAUUCAUCUCUUUCCGAUCCAGCCCAGGGCGACCCUCAUGCGGUAUUAGUGCGGCUCUGCCAUGCUGGCCUAAUCCCCAGGACCAGAUGACCUCGCCUUCCUGCUUCUCCCUCUCCCGCAGAUGAACACUGGACUUCAGAAAUGGGAAACUACACAGAAGAUGAGAUCUGCUCAGCAUCCUACUCCAGCAGAAUUGGAUGCAUAUGCUAAGACAGUUGCCAAUAAUCCCCUUACAAUAAAAAUCUUCCCAAACAGCGUCAAGGUUCCUCAGAGAAAGCAUAUACGCCGCACCGUGAACGGACUGGAUACAUCAGGGCAGCGUUAUAGUCCGUAUCCAUCACAGGUCAGCACAAAGGCUGGACUUCUUGCAAUUGUCAAGUCCCCUGCUAAAAGUGUUUUGAAGGGCUUCGACGGAAAUCGUGCCCGCCUCUUGCCAGACUCCAUGAUGAAUCCUCCCUCUUCUCCAUAUGUUGCACCUAGCACUUUAAAUCACCCUCAGGGGCUUACCCGCCCCCAGCAAGCCCUACAGCAUGCUCAGACUCUGCAACAUGCCCAGAGCAUGCAACAGACUUUGUCACACUCUCAGAGCAUGCCACCUGGACUGCAGCACCCCCAUAGCCUGCCACACCCUCAGACGUUGCAGCACCCCCAAGGCAUGCCACAGGGGCUGCAGCAUUCUCAGGGUCUGCAAAAUACGCAGAGCAUCCCACAACCGCAGGCCCUUCAGCAUCCACAAAGUGUGCAACAUGCACAGAGCAUACCACAGCCGCAGGCCCUGCAUCAUGCGCAGGGAAUUCCACAGACAAUGCAACGUCAGCAGAGCAUGUCACAGACUCUGCAGCACCAACAAAACCUCCCUCAGGUCCUGCAGCACUCUCAGAAUAUGUCUCAAGCGCUGCAGCAUUCACAGGGAAUGCAGCAUCCACAGAACAUGGGGUCACAACAUGUCCAAAGCAUGCCCCAGCAGUCAACUUUACAGCAUGCCCCUGGUGUGACUCACCAGACUCUGCCACACCCUGCUAACAAUAUUCUGCAGCCUGCUUUACAUGGAACUCGAAAGAUGCCUGAUGCAGAUGCCCCUCCGAAUGUGACAGUGUCUACCUCAACCAUCCCCCUUUCUAUGGCUGCAACCCUGCAGCAAAAUAGACCACCAGACCUUGGAAGCAUUGUGCACCAGAUCAACCAGUUCUGUCAGGCUAGGGCCGGCAUAGGCACUACCUCUGUUUGUGAGGGACAGAUUGCCAACCCCAGCCCUAUUAGUCGUAACCUGCUUAUCAAUGCAAGCACCAGGGUCUCUACUCACAGCAUCCCUAUGCCUUCCUGUGUUGGAUCAGCUGUAGACCAUGCUGCCGCUGCUGCUAUUUCCUCUGCUGCCUCUGGGAAUGUCCCCAUGGUGAACAUGAGCAGAGUUCCCUCUUCAUACCCUGGUGACCUAAAACCUAUGUCAUGGAACCAGCAUCAGCUGGCACAUCUGCAGCAAAUGUGUGGAGAAUCUGCAGUUCCUGGAAAACACACUCAGAGAGAGAUUUCUGCACAGGGCUUUUCCGGCAAGCAGAACUACGCUCAAGAACUGUGCAUGAGCCAGUCUUUUGGCCUGAAACCCCCUAUUGAUAAACCUACCCCUUCCCCUCCUGUGAAUGGCUUGCCGGGUCCUCUGCCAUAUACUAAUGGACAUUAUUUUCAACCUCUAUGGAAUAACAUUCUGCCUACUCCAAACAGUGACAGUUCUGGAUCACAGGACCUCACCAUGCCUUUCCAUGGAGGACAGGCAGCUGGUGCACCCUUGGAUUGUGCUGGUGGUACUCACUAUAGAGCGGUUGGGGGCGGAUCUUCCAAUCAGAAUAACGUGAUGCAGACCAUGGAUUACCUUUCUGGAACGGACUUUCAGCAGUCCUGCUUUAGAGAACAGGGCAUGCCACCCCUUGGCAAGGUUCAAAGAACCCAAAUGAGUAGAGCUCCUGAGCCAGCUGAUAGUCGAAGUAUUCAUGUUCAGCAUCAAGGGUAUAGGUAGACUACAGUCACACUGCAAAUGAGAGGGUUUAGUCUUAAGUGAUUAGCAAGGCUCUUGUAUCCUCUUCAAUUGCCAAACUUGUUGUGAUCAUUAUAUGCAAUGCAAGCCACUUGGUGCUGCAAUUCAUUAGGUUUAGUGUACUUUUUUGUUUUCCUAUCCCAUACAAUACUUUUGUCAGUGGUUGUGGAGACUGUGUUGCCUUCAAUUUUUUAUCUUCCUGACACUGAGGGGCUUCUAUAUGCUGCUUUGUUUUUAUCUUGGGAACACUAAGCCCUAAUGCGUGUUAUGCCUUGUUCUCCCCCCCCCCCCCC